AUGCCGAUCAAUCCUCUGCCAGAUAACCCAUCUCAAAUCCCCAACAUCCGAGCUGAUACCAAGAAGAAACCCAUCAUCAUCGGUCUCUACGGCGUUCCUGGAUCCGGCAAGACAUUCCUGCUGAAACAGCUGAAGCAAGCUUUCCUGCCAAACAAGUUCUGGUUCUGGGAAGGCUCCGAAGUUAUUUCGAAUAUUGUGGAAGGGGGACUAGACGCUUUCAAGAAGCUGAAGGAUGCCGAAAAGGUGGAGUGGCGUGAGAAGGCUAUCACAAUGAUUCGGUACGAGUGCAAUAACAGAAUUGGGGUUAUCACUGGCCACUUCACGUUCUGGGCGGAUGGCACAGAGGCACCAUUACUUGUCAUUACCCAAGCUGAUCUGAAUACAUACACGCAUAUCAUUUACCUCGACAUCGACCCCAAUAUAGUGGCUGCUCGCGCCGAAGGCGACAAGGAGAGAAUUCGCGCAAAGACAUCCGUUGGUCACAUCCGAAAGUGGCAGAUAUUUGAGAAGACAGAGUUGAGGAAGCUAUGUCGAGACAACGGUAUUCUCUUCACAAUGGCCUCCGAGAUCGAAACACCUGUCCUCGAUCAAGACAAUGAUAUGGUCUCUAAAGUCAUGAAACCUGUCAUCGACCAAGUCACUCCGCUGAUCUAUGAUUUUGCGAUCCAUAAUGAGAAGUACAACAGAUUGCAAGCUAUCUCCUACCUGGACCGAAUUCUCCUGGCAGAUCCGAGAAAGCUGAAGACCAUUCUACUCUUGGAUGGAGAUGGGACACUGGUAGAGGACGACACCGGAGACGAGUUCUGGAAAAGAUUUCUUCGUUCGGAUGAGCGCUUGGAGAAAGGCCACGACCCUACAAUUAACCCUUUGAAAGUGCUGUUCAGUAGCAAGAUGGGCCACUCGUAUCUCGCUUUUCGACAGGCGACUCUGUUGUAUGAGGAUGGUGCCGAUGCGGGAAGAUAUGACCAUAUUUGCUACAUGGACACGUUGGUUCAGAGCGUCCAUCCAGACUUUCUCAAGCUAUUGGAAGCUGUUCAGCGAAGUGAGAAUGUUGGUGCUGUCAUCGUUACUUGCGGUCCUCGACGUCUGUGGGAAGAUUUGAUGAUGCAUGAGGGACUGUCAGAGACUGUGAAGGUCGUUGGAGGAGGGCGCAUCUCCGAUGGAUUUGUUGUUACCCCAACAGUCAAAGCUGCAUUGGUCGAUCAUCUGCGUGGGAAACAUGGUGUGUAUACUUGGGGUUUUGGAGACAGCCUGCUUGAUUUGCCUAUGUUGAAGAAGACUGAUCAAUCCGUCGUGGUAGUCGGCCGUCGUGGUAGCAGCAGCCCGGCUUUCGACGAUGCGUUGGACGCCGCUAUCGAGGCUGGUACUCUGACUGCUCGACAAGUCUCACUGCCUCUCAACACACCGCCACGUUUGGAUCAUAGGCGUCUACCUCCAGUCACGCUGACGGAUCCGAACUUUCUGGAAGAGAUUUUCCGUCGUCGCAGCCCUCAAUCUACUACCCUAACAGUUCUCCACGCAACAAACACCAAUGCAGCCAAGUUAUUGAUGACACCCACUCGAGACGCGAAGGUGUCUGGUCCUGCGCUACGAGAAGCUCAUCGACGAGUCGGAUGGUAUCUUGCCACCCAAUUUGUUUGUGAAAGCAUUGGUCUCGAGGACUAUCCUAUCGCUCACGUCCAAGGCCACGAAACAAGCGGCUACCGACUCAUGCAGGAGGACAGAACAACCAUCAUCGCUUUAAUGCGUGGCGGAGAGCCGAUGGCUCUUGGUGUCAGCGACGCUUUUCCACUCGCGAUGUUCGUUCAUGCCAAUGAACCGAAAGAUAUCGGUACCCAUCAUAUCAAGGGUCAGCACACGAUCAUCAUCAUUGACUCCGUCAUCAACGGGGGAAAGACGGUUGAAAGAUUUGUCAAGUAUGUUUGGAGCAUUUGGUAUCCCAUUCAUAUCGUGGUCGUUGCUGGAGUGGUGCAUAGUCAGUGUCUUUCUGAUGAUGGAGUGCUUCGUCGCCUUGGAGAAGAUAGCCAUCUUACUAUUGUUGCUCUUCGUGUCUCGGAUAAUAAGUUCACUGGGCGAGGUACGACGGAUACUGGGAAUCGCCUGUUCAACACUACGUACUUGCUUGAUCGUCUGGUCAAGAAUGAGCGCGGGAACGACGAAGAAGGAAGCAAAUUGCAAGAUUCAAAAGACGUCCAUGGAAAGAAGGCUUAGGAAGCAUGCCCUCUCGCGAGCC